GUCACCUGAUACGUCAGAAGGUCAAAUUUGGGUUUCUUCUUUUUUCCCAGAUUACUACGAGAAUGAUUUAACAUUUUGUAUUUGUGAAUAGGUUGGAUAUAAGUGACUAGAGUAAUAUGACUAAAGCAAGUCGGUUAAUUGUUAUUAGGGGUGUGGUAUGGUAUAUCAUCAGUUGACUUUGGUACUAAUCAUAAUACUAAAACUACUGAUGGUUUUGUAAUGAGAAUAGCCAAGUUAACAUCGGCAUCUUAUAGAAUACAACGUCAACAAGACAAGAAUGGAAGCUGUCAUGUUAUAAGUGAUGUAUUUGCUAAACCUGUAUGUGAAAAGGAUAUAUCUGGUGAUUUCCUGUCAACUAGUGGUUCAAGUAUGAUGACUCAAUGGACUAUGUUAAAAAUUCUACAUUACACUGAGAAUGAGUUAAUAUUAUACUGGUGUACGAGAGAGAAUGAGGGAGGAUCAUGUGAGAUCGAAGGUGUACGUGUUGAUUUGUUGAGUAGAUCACCAACCUAUAAACCCUCUAGUAACAUCAAUAUUGAAGAAAAACUCAACAUGGUUUGUUUAGAAAGUAAAAAUCUGAUAGAUGUUGAAUCUUCACUUCAUUCUGCAUGCCAUCCAGAAACCUUACCUCCACCACCAUCUCCACCACCUGUAAUGCCCGUCUCUUCCUGUGCAGUAGAUGUUCUACCUAAAACCAAUGUUGACAUAGAAAGGAUAGCAGGGUAUUGGUAUGAAGUAGCAAGUCCACCACCAGAACCAUUGUUUCCACUCAGAAAUAUGGUUCUUUAUUAUCACCCAGUUGGUACACAACAUAUUAAAAUGAUUAUCAGUGGUCAAGGACCCGAUGGCAAAUGUAAAGGACCAUUAUAUGGUGAUUUUAAAGUCCGAUGUACAGAUAAACCUGAUGGUAGAUUUUUAGGAAGAUUAAACAAGACAGGAUUGUGGACAUGGACUACUAUGCAGAUAAUGUAUACAGAUUACGACCAUGUGGCUAUUGCCUAUUCUUGUAUGAAUGAAAGGGAAGAUGGCAGCUGUAAUCCUGCGUCUGCCAAAGCACAUAUUCUGAGUCGUCAGACAACCUUAGAUGAGACAAGACGUACACGAAUGAAUGGAAUUAUUUUAUCUGCUUGUUUAUCUCCCUUGAAUGAUCAUAUCCAUGAUGGUAUCUGUAAAUCAAAAGUAGCCGAGGGAUUGGAAAUGUUGAAACAAAAAGUGAAUGCUGCACCAGCCUAAAAUAUUAAUACCUAUAUAUAUCUCAGGUAUGCUCCAUAUAAUGUGGUGGACAAAAUACAGACCAAUUUAUUAUCAAAAUGUUUGAAAAUGUGCCAAAUAUUCAUGUAAAUAUUACAUCAUAUCAUUAUAUGUCCGUAGCUUAUCUAAAUAAAAUAUAAUCUUUCAA